UGGCCAGCAUGCAGGCCUCUGCGGAGGCCAACUCGCUGGACAUUCAGGCCAUGCAGUCCAUGGACUGGCUAUUCAAGAAGGAGCGUAUAUACCUGCUCGCUCAGUUCUGGCAACAGAGGGCGACAUUGGCGGAAAAGGAAGUUUCAGCAUUAAAGGAACAACUUGCCGCGUCAAAUGAUGGGAAUUCGAAGACUGAGGGACAUAAAUUGUCUCAGACUCCACAGGGAAAUGAUCAGCAGCAGGUACACGAUGCCAGCAAUCCCAGGAGGACGCCGAACAGCAACCUCGAACAGGAACUGCAAGCGAAGGACAAAGAGAUCAGUCAGCUGGUGGAGGAAGUGUCCAGGUUACAGCAGAGCCUGCAGCGUCUCCAAGAGACGAGCGCACAGGCGACGGCGCGACUCGAGGAAGAACUCGAGGCGCGUAGACAGCACAUCAACAGACUGGAGAGCAAACUGGAGCGACAGAGGGACUAUGACGACCUAAAACGCGAGAUAAACGCGCUAAGGUCGGUCGAUCUCUCGCAGAUACCAACCGGCGAACCUGGCAAGAGCUUAGAGCACCUUCUAAUGGAACGCUCGAAGGCGCUUCAGCAAACCGAGAGUUUGAAGCCAUCCAACACUCCGGACGCGCUCGGUGGACUAUCGUCACCCCUGCAGCGCGCCUCUACCGCCUCGCCCCACGGGGUCGGGGGUGUGCCGCCUUCGUCCCACGUGUCCUCCCAGCAACCACCGCCGCCGCCCCCAGCAGCAGUUUCCCUCCCACCGCGUUCCACUCCGACACCGUCUUCAGCCACGUCGACGACACCUAGCCUCCUUUUCCCACCUCCUUUACAAAAUGUAGAGACCUUCGGCUCCCUCCUCGGUGAAGAGAUCGUCGCCAACUGGAGGCGGACGUUGGAGAGGUCCAUCAUGAAUCCAACAACAACAACAACAACAACAACAACAACAGCAGCAGCAGCAGCAGCAGCAGCAGCAACAUUGCAGCAACAGCAGCAACAGUUACAGCAAGCUCAACCACUGAUCGGUUUACAUCCUCCGACGACUAGCAGUAGCCUAAAUCAUCUUCCAUCUCCAACGGAUCCAUCGUCCAGUUCUAAUACGCCAGCCAAGUCGAAUACCCCGUUAGGAACCACUUCACUGAGUUGCCUUGACGCCGAAAAAGCGCCGACACCGGUGUCCGGUCACGAAACGCCUGCACCACCGACGCCAUCGUCUACCACUGCGUUAACGUCACCACUAAGCUUUCAACCGCCAACGUCGAUGAUCGAUACGACUAGCUCGUCGAUUUCCGUUAACGGUGCAAGUAUGACUCCCGCCGUUCCGACAGCGCCACCGCCAAAGAGCCCAGCGGACCAGGAAUCCUGUCACAACAACAACAACAGUCACCUGACGAACAACAACAUCGGAGGUCUAAGUGUGCUGGACACACUGAAGAGUCCGUUUCGGUUCGACGACAGGACGCAUCCGUUUCGAUUCAGCGACGAGUUCGGGGCUGCCGGAAUGGCCGGCAGACUCGGUGAAUCGCUUAUCCCAAAGGGUGAUCCGAUGGAGGCUAGGCUGCAAGAGAUGCUGCGGUACAACAUGGACAAGUACGCCUCGCAGAAUCUGGACACAUUGCACAUAGCCAGGAGGGUCAGGGAGCUGCUGUCGAUACACAACAUCGGUCAAAGACUGUUUGCCAAGUAUGUCCUUGGGCUAAGUCAAGGAACCGUUAGCGAGUUGCUAAGCAAACCGAAGCCGUGGGACAAGCUGACGGAAAAAGGCCGCGACAGCUACCGGAAGAUGCACGGCUGGGCAUGCGACGAAAACGCUGUAAUGCUGCUAAAAUCUCUGAUACCCAAGAAAGAGUAUGUUUCAGGCAAGGAGCAGGGAAUGCCAGCGUUCGCGCGCGGUCCACAGGAAGGUGGUCCGCCAGAAAUGAGCGACGAAAGAUUGGCGCAUAUCCUCUCGGAAUCAGGCCAUCUACAGAUGAGGGGCGAACACGAAGUGUCGAACGACGCGGACAGCAAAAGUCCGAACAGAAUCGGUUGCCCGAGCCCCUUCAACAAAGACAGGCUUGACAAUCAAAAUAGGAGACUGAAGAAAUACGAGAACGAUGACAUUCCGCAAGAAAAGGUAGUGAGGAUUUAUCAGGAGGAGCUCGCCAAGAUAAUGGGAAGGAGGGUGGAAGACCUCCGUGGACCGCGAGAAUUUUCUUCCAGCGCGAUGUUCCCGCACUUUUUCAGCAGCGCGCAAGGUGGUCUUCAAGGUAUAGAGCGGACGCAGGAAGACAUCCGGCUGGCACUGGACGCGUACCAUCGUGAACUGCAGAAACUGAACGUGACACCGGGUCAGAAUCCUUCGUUGACUGGACUGCCAGGAUUGCCCGGACUGCCUGGCCUGCUCGCUCUUCAGCAACAAGCGCUUCAGCAACAUCACCUAGCGACGAAUGGCGGAGGUGUUCAAGAUUUGAGCCUGGGCAAAGUGGAUCCGAGGAACAAAAUGAUAAAUGGCGUUUCCGAAGAGGAUAAAGAGAAAAUGGAGGAAGCAAUGCGACACGCGGGAAGCGCUUUUUCAUUGGUCAGGCCAAAACAAGAACCAACCACCGCACCCCAGACGACGCCAGGUGGAUCCAGCGCGAGUUCGCCGCUUGGAAACUCGAUUCUUCCACCAGCAAUGACACCUAGCGAGGAAUUCUCGGGUGCAGCCGCGGCCAGUCCCCUUCAGAGGAUGGCCUCUAUCACGAAUAGUCUGAUCAGUCAACCGUCCACGCCUACCCAUCACGCGGCCAACCAGAGGCCGCUGAAAGCAGUACUUCCUCCCAUCACUCAGCAACAGUUCGACAUGUAUAAUAACUUGAACACAGAGGACAUUGUUAAGAGAGUGAAGGAACAGUUAUCCCAGUAUUCCAUUUCCCAACGUUUAUUCGGCGAAUCCGUGUUGGGUUUAUCUCAGGGCUCCGUUUCCGACCUGUUGGCGCGUCCGAAGCCAUGGCACAUGCUCACGCAAAAAGGUCGCGAGCCCUUCAUCAGGAUGAAAAUGUUCCUCGAGGAUGACAACGCGGUACACAAAUUGGUGGCCAGCCAAUAUAAGAUCGCGCCGGAAAAGCUGAUGAGGACCGGCGGCUACGGUGGCCUGCCUCGUAAGUUUAACUCAGCGUGUGGAACACCGAUGAAGCCUAUGCCUCCGACGAAACUGGUUCAAGAACAACUUCAGAACGCGGCGAAAGCACAAGCUGCGGCGCAAGCAGCCGCUCAGGCAGCAGCGCAGCAUCAGCAAGAGAGUCAAAUGCAGCAGCUUGGUCCACCGCAGCAGAGUCCUCAGCAUCCGCAGCAUCCGCAACCACCGCCGCCGAUGAUGCUAACGCCACCUGGACCACAUCAUCCGCAUUCGCAAAUCAGUAUGCAAGAAUUACAGAAGAAACAGCAACAGCAACAACAACAGCAGAUGAACCUUCAUUCGCCGCAUCAUCAGAUGACUCCAUCGCCGCUUCGUGGCCUCCAUCCGCACAUCUCGCCGAGUGUUUACGAAAUGGCUGCGUUGACGCAGGAUCUCGAUACGCAAACCAUCACGACCAAGAUCAAAGAAGCGUUACUAGCCAACAACAUUGGUCAGAAAAUAUUCGGCGAGGCUGUUCUCGGAUUGUCGCAAGGCUCCGUGAGCGAAUUGCUGAGCAAACCGAAACCGUGGCAUAUGCUGAGUAUAAAGGGCCGAGAACCGUUCAUUAGAAUGCAAUUAUGGUUGUCUGACGCGCACAACGUGGACCGGUUGCAAGCGUUAAAAAACGAGCGUCGAGAGGCGAAUAAGAGACGGCGUAGCAGUGGUCCAGGCCACGAUAACAGCUCGGACACGUCGAGUAACGACACGUCGGAAUUCUAUCACGCGGCAUCGCCGGGUCCGGGACCAGCCUCGGCUAAGAAGCAACGGGUCCUCUUUUCCGAGGAGCAGAAGGAAGCCCUCAGGCUGGCAUUCGCCCUCGAUCCGUACCCUAAUGUCGCCACCAUCGAAUUUCUCGCUGGCGAACUGGCGCUCUCCUCGCGAACCAUCACUAAUUGGUUUCACAAUCAUCGGAUGAGACUGAAGCAGCAAACGCCUCACGGCCAACCGGAACCUCAGUCCCCAAGAGAGCCCGGCCAACCGUUUGACCCGGUUCAAUUCAGGUUGCUGUUAAACCAAAGACUGUUGGAGAUUCAAAAGGAGAGGCUGGGCCUGGGUAACGUGCCCCUACCUUACACUCCAUACUUCAAUCCUAACUUGGCUGCCUUAGUAGGAAACGCGUUGAAGGAGCAGUGCUCGGGCCUGGAUCUGUCGAUGAACGCUCUGAAGAGAGAGCCGAACCAAGAGUUCGAGGACGAAGACGUGGAGGACGCGAUGAGCAAUCUGGGUAGCGAAGACUCGGAGGGAUCGGCGGGUAGCAUAAAGCGGGAACCCGCGGAAACGCCGACAGCGCCGGCAGCGGUUAGAUCGAACAGAAGGAAACCCGCGGCACCGCAGUGGGUAAAUCCGGAGUGGCAAGAACCGGCGAGAGCGGGCGAUGAGGUGAUCAUCAACGGUGUUUGCGUGAUGCAAACGGACGAUUACGGGGUUAAAAGAGAAGCGGAGGAAACUAUUAGGGUAGAACCGACACCGGUACACGACAGAUACGAGGAAGACGCGCAAAGCGACGUGUCUUCGGUCUCUGGAAACAAUGGCCAGGACCGGGACAGUCCACUGCCCAGUCCAAAGUCUGGACAAAACAGUCCGGUGACGUCGCCGAGGCCACCAUCCACGCAACAGACACAGCAGUCCACCGAAGAAAGCCCUAAGGAAAGCGUGGUGAAACACGAACCCGAAGAAACGUGGGGUUACUAAGGGGCGAGGGGCCGGGGGGCAGGCGGACAGGCAGGAGCAGCUGGCGAAGAACGGGCGAACGAAGAGGAGAAAGAAAAGGAGGGGGAUUACUGUCUCGUCCUCGUAUCGUACCACUGUAUUUUCACAAAAUUAGAGAAAAUACCAAGAUGAGAACGUCGUUGAAACAUGCCAAAAUGAUGCUGCAAUCGCAUACAGUCCCCAGCUAUCGAGGACUACGGCCUAGUUAAGUUCUUAGAGAGGAAAAACCAGUCAUAGGAUUCGACCAGGCCUGAUUGGUCGAUUCCUGCCUACCACGAGGGCAUUAUCAUAGGGAGGCAAAUACAAAGUAGGAUACGCGAAACAAAAUGAUAACGAAAAAAUAAAGAAAAAAAGAUAAAUAAAUAAAUAAAUAAGGACACACACCAGUGUACUCGCAACGUCAUUCGAACGAUAGUUCGAAGACUGUCAACAGCCAGACGCUGUUUCUCAAAGAAGACGGAGCUCAAUCAAAAGGAACUCUUUUUCGUAACACGUUCUAUCUGUGCGAAACGAGAUUAAAAUCUCGUUAUACACAGUUGAUAUGUUCGGUGAAUUCGUAAUUGUCAGAAGACUUUGUCGCGACAGAGCAACCUAGGAAA